AUGUACACUACUCUGAGGAGGACUACGGUAGUGUUUACAAUGAUAAUGGAGUACUUUCUUGCUGGGCAGAGAUACACAUCUCCAAUUGUUGGAAGUGUUGGGUUGAUAGUUUUUGGUGCUGUUAUUGCUGGGGCACGGUACUUAUCAUUUGACUUCUAUGGAUAUGUUGUUGUCUUCAUGGCCAAUAUCACGACAGCAAUAUAUCUUGCAACCAUAAGCCGCAUUGGAAAGUCUACUGGCCUUAAUAGCUUUGGACUUAUGUGGUGCAAUGGGAAGUUUGACAGAUUAUGGUUUCCAGACUUCAUCAGAUAA